AUGGGAGUGGUUAUGUUUUUGAAGCAGUUGAGUCGUGAGGACAUAGCUGUCACCCCUAUCCAAACCAAAAUGAGUGGAACAAGAAACAGAGGUCACUCUCCUGCUCCUCGGCAAAUUGAUUUGGGCCAAAUAUGGGGAGAUCUACAGGAGGGCAUUGAACAAAUCUAUAGCCGUCGGGGUAUGACACGUCAGCGGUACAUGGAACUCUACACCCAUGUUUACAACUACUGUACAAGUGUCCAUCAACAGGGAAGUGGUUCCUCAUCAGGAACUAGAUUAAAGAAGGGACAGGUUACUGGAGGAGCCCAAUUAGUGGGCCUCGAGUUGUAUAAAAAGCUGAGAGAUUUCUUAAGGAAUUAUCUGUUUACUCUAGUUAAAGAUGGGGUAGAGUUGAUGGAUGAAGAUGUUCUACAAUUUUACACUAAACAGUGGGAAGAAUAUCAGUUUAGUUCUAAAGUUUUGAAUGGAGUCUGUGCUUACCUUAACAGACAUUGGGUACGUCGAGAAUGUGAGGAAGGGCGUAAAGGCAUUUAUGAGAUUUACCAACUAUCGCUUGUCACGUGGCGUGACAAUCUGUUUAAGUUGUUGAAUCGCCAAGUUACAAAUGCUGUCCUCAAGCUCAUUGAGAGAGAACGUAAUGGAGAGACAAUAAAUACAAGGCUAGUGAGCGGUGUUAUUAAUUGUUAUGUAGAGUUAAGUUUGAAUGAGGAAGAUCCUGGAGCCAAGUGUCAAAAUUUGCAGUUGUACAAGGACUCGUUUGAGAAUGUUUUUAUGGAGGACACCGAAAGAUUCUACACUUGUGAGAGCACUGAAUUCCUACGACAGAAUCCUGUAACAGAAUAUAUGAAAAAAGCAGAGCAAAGACUGCUUGAAGAACAGAAGAGAGUGCAGGUGUAUUUACACGAGACCACCCUGGACCCUCUGAAUCAGACCUGUGAGAAAGUGUUGAUUCGCAAGCACCUAGAGAUAUUCCAUGCAGAAUUUCAAAAUCUUCUAGAUGCAGAUAAAAAUGAUGAUCUGGGCCGCAUGUAUCAACUUGUCUCUCGUAUUCCUGAUGGAUUGAGUGAAUUAAGAAAUCUUUUAGAAUCGCACAUUGCAACUCAAGGUCUUGCUGCUGUGGAUAAAUGUGGUGAAGGAGCCAGUAAUGAUCCAAAAAUGUAUGUCAAUACUAUUUUAGAGGUGCAUAAGAAAUACAAUGCCCUCAUCUUGACUGCAUUUCACAAUGAUUCAGGAUUUGUGGCAGCACUGGAUAAAGCUUGCGGACGUUUCAUCAACAGUAACGCUGUUACUCGCCAAGCGGACAGUUCAACUAAAUCACCUGAGCUUUUGGCCAAGUACUGUGAUCUCCUUCUGAAAAAGAGUAGUAAAAAUCCUGAAGAAGGGGAGCUUGAAGACACUUUAAAUCAAGUAAUGAUUGUAUUUAAAUACAUUGAAGACAAGGAUGUAUUUCAGAAAUUUUACAGCAAAAUGCUUGCUAAGAGGCUUGUGCAGCAGAUGUCUGCGAGUGAUGAUGCUGAAUCAUCUAUGAUUUCAAAACUCAAAGGAGCUUGUGGAUUUGAGUACACCUCUAAACUUCAACGUAUGUUCCAAGAUAUUGGAGUGUCCAAAGAUCUGAAUGAAGCAUUUAGGAAACAUCUAGUUAAUUCUAACGAGCCUUUGGACAUAGAUUUCAGCAUUCAAGUGUUGUCAUCUGGUUCUUGGCCCUUUCAACAUUCAAUUGCAUUUUCCCUUCCAGCUGAGCUAGAAAGAAGUGUUAAUCGUUUCACCACUUUUUAUAGUGGUCAACACAGUGGUCGCAAGCUUAGUUGGCUUUACAACAUGUCAAAAGGUGAACUUAUUACCAACUGCUUCAAAAACCGAUACACCCUGCAAGCUUCAACAUUCCAGAUGGCAGUGCUUCUUCAAUAUAAUGUCAGUGAAGUGUGGACAGUACAGCAAUUGCAUGAAUCAACUCAAAUAAAACUUGAUUUCCUUAUUCAAGUUUUGCAGAUUCUAGUCAAAGCUAAGUUACUUCAAUCUGAAGAUGAUGAGAAUGAUUUGAAUGCUGAUUCAAGUCUUCAGCUUUUUACUGGCUAUCGUAACAAGAAGUUAAGAGUAAACAUCAAUAUUCCUAUAAAAACGGAACAGAAGAUAGAACAAGAAACUACACUGAAACAUGUAGAAGAGGACCGUAAACUCCUCAUCCAAGCUGCAAUUGUUAGAAUCAUGAAGAUGAGGAAAGUAUUAAAACAUCAACAACUUGUAGCUGAGGUUUUGAAUCAGCUGUCAUCCAGAUUCAAGCCUCGAGUGAAUGUUAUAAAGAAAUGUAUAAAUAUCUUGAUAGAGAAGGAAUAUCUUGAGCGUACAGAAGGAGAGAGAGAUACAUACAGCUACUUGGCCUAACUCCCUGUCUUCUGGAUUUAGUUGCUGGUUGUGAUAAAUUUAGUAUAUAUUUCACCUCUAUUGCUGGAAAGGCAUUAUGUUGUGAGCACCAUCUCGUAUAUUAACCAGCACUGUGAUCGUCAAAAUCCCACUAGAUGACACAUUUCCAUGGGGAGAUUUAAAUGCCCAAAAAAAUUUUUUUGUAUGGUUGAAAGCUUUAAAAUAUAAAGUGAAAUAUUUGGUGUACGUGAGUUCUUUAUUUCAAAUGUAAAAUUAAAACAUAUUCAUUUGAGUUUGAAGUUUUUAAAUUGUUUUUGAGAAUAGGUGGAAAUAAAUUACAAAAGAAUUACAACACGUGUAAUUUUAUUGUAUGUUUACAAUUCUUUUAGUUAAAGUGCAUAUCAUAUGUAAUUUUAGGAACUAAAUCAUAUGAUGGCAUUGCAUGUUGUUUCUCUGAAAAAUGUGAAGUGAUCCUUAUGAUGAGAAACAAGUCAUAAAAUAUUUAAGAACACAUCCAUUCUAAAAUGCUGGUGGAAAUUAUGUAAAUGAUGGGAGAAAUUGUUUCCAGUGGUGUGAAUGAAAUUUGGACAAUUUUUGUGCUUUUUCAAGACUAUCAAUUACUCUUGUUGAUGAAUUUUGUGAUGAGUAAAUAUUGUUUUUGAUUAAGCGGGGAACUGUGAAAGUAAGUGAACAGUGAAAAACAAAUCUAUCAGUUAAGUUUGGAAAUUUUUAACUUUAUUUUAUUUAUGAAGAUGGAAGUAAAUUUCUUAGUUACAUUGCUUACUUGGUGCCUAUUUUCUGUGAGAGUAAUUCAUGUAUUCUAUGUGCUAUAAAACCCAUCCAUCCACAUUUGUCAGUAUUAUUCGGUGUGUCUCAGAAUGAUCCGAUUUUGUAGAAAUUAAUUUAAAUGUAACCUAUAUUGAAGUAGUUGUAAUUGAUGUUCAUGUUAACUGAUAGUCCAAAGGUGGUGGUGCACAAAACUGUUGAACCAACAUUUUUAGAUACAAAGUGAUAUUUCUGUUUCAUGAGUCCUCUUUCACAGUGCAGUUAAGUGUUUUGUACCUUUGGUCAUAAAACAAAUAAUGUUCACCUUUUUUUAUGCUGAGAUAAAUCUUUUAUUAAAAUAAGCAAAGGAAGAUGUUCUUCUGUACUCAUUUUUUACAUCUUACCCAAGACACUAGCAAGGAAAUGUAAGAUUAAAGGAGAUAUUUUGCUCCUCACAUGCAGAAAACUGCUUGCCCUUUGCAGAACUCUUAACAUUACAAAAUUGUAAUGCAAUUGCAAUUUUGAUCAAUUGGGAAACAAGUAAAUAUCACAGUUUUUAAACCAAAUGUUUGUGUAGACCAGAUAUGUUGAGUGGGAAUUCCAAAUGAUUUAAGAAAUAAGUUAUUUAUUUAAACACACAACUUACAGAUUUGAACAUACCAUUAGAUGAGUGCAUUUCUUUCCCAAGCCAGGGCAUGUUUCAUAAAAAAUGCUGUGCAACCCUGUCUAAGUAUUCCAUAUCAGCAAUAAGUAGUGUCAAAUGAAAUACAGUCUUUGUUAAGGAGUUGCCUCCAAAAUGGUAUUUUUAUGAGUCUCAUGAAAGUGUUCAAUGUUAGUCAGUGGCAGACAAAUGUGUUAAAAUUGAAAGAUGUUAAAGCUGUUGGGAGGGAAAAUCUACUUAAAAGGCUAAAAUAAUUUUUACUUCAGUGUUGCAUUGAUGCUCUAAUCUGCCUUGUGUCACUGGUUGUAGAUGAUGUGCCUAAAUGUGUUGAAGUCCACGUUUGAAAAUCAAAGGAAUGAAUGUUGUGCUCUUAUAAAAUGUUUUCUAGCUUCCCAUAGAGAUGUAUAAACAUGUGGAAAUAGAACUUCCAGUGAUACCUGAACUUCAGAAAUGUAAAUAAUCAAAAGAAAAUAUUCAAUAAGCUAUGGCCUAAACAACAAUAUUCAAUUUAUUAUUUGACAUUUAUAAAAUCCUUAGAUCCUUUUUACUCAUUUUUGAAAUCUUGAGAAUACUGGUGAUCUAAUUUUCAGGAGAAAUAGGAUACAAUGUGUGUGAGUUCUUUACUAUGAAAUACUGUGGAUGCACAAUAUUCCCUUUUGAAUUGAAUUAAUUAUGUAAGCCCUCCAUUCUUCCUUAUCUCAGCAAGAAAUUUGUAAGCAUUUUUGUAGGAAAUAUUUGUUGCUCCUAGUCUCACUUUUCACUUUUCCCCUUCCUGUUAACCUAUAUUUUCAAGAGUUGCUCAUUAAACACUGAAACAAAUGUCUCACUUUUGUAUUCAAGAAAUUUAUUUUGCUUUCUCCAAGAAAAAUGUUCAUGGGUGUGCCUUAGGCCCAUGCGCGCUUACACACCCACACACAAAUACAUACGUACAUACAAACACUGCUUCCCCCCUACUAUGGGCACCCCAAUAAUUUCUAAAUACAGUCAACUCUGGUUAUAGUGAAUUUAAGUCACUGGUCCCGUGUCACUUACAUUACAGAUAAGUAAAAGAAGAUUUCGUUAUAUUGAACCUAAGCCUCAUUAUAGAAAAUACAACAACCUGGAAAGUAAUUCUGUUCUGAUAUCACCUCAGUGCCACAAAUUCCAACACUAGACAGCUUGAAAAAAUAUCUGCCAAAGGUCGUAAUCGAAGAAGUCUCCCCUCAUAUGAAGGUAGUGAACCUGGAAUGGGACCUUACUGAUGACCUCAUGCCACUCACAUCAGUUUCUCUGCAGAAACAAAGCCUGUGUCCUGUGUGGUAAUCGUGGUGACACAUGAUUGCUUGCUUUUUAAACUUGAUGUUACUUGAUAUUCUGCAGGAUAAAGUGUGUUGUGUUAUACGUGGGCGACAGGAAGCAUGUGACAGCCACAGCCCCUCUGCCUGGUGAUACCUGCUGUGAUGUGUGUGAACAGUUUCAUAAGCUGCUUGCACCAUCCCGCUAUUGAAAAGAUCUCGUAUGAUCUUAUAUGCCCAUUGAAGAGGGAAACUUCCAACGGUGCAAGGGAAGGAUGUCAAGACUGCAUUACGAUGCUUAGAGACAGCAAACGAUGUUUCAUUCAGCGAUCAGUUUCAUUUGCCGCUUUCGCCAUGCCACUACUGAAAGGAUCUUGUAUGUUAUUAGACGAGUAAAAGGGCCUUCGGAAAGUAGGAUCAGUGGAAGAAGCAUUGAAGUAUGUCAAGAUUGCAUUUCGAUACUAAGACAUAUCGGAUACUCGGACAAUGUAUAAUCAAUUAUGGAGAGAGCACAAACUCUGGAGAAGGAUCUAAAGACAUUACGAAUGAAAAAUGUAUGGAUCUAGCAAUUGAAAGUAAUUGCUUUUUUAAGGACAAAUAAAGAUAUUAAAAUUUUCAGUUAAUGUAUGCUGUUAACGUAUUUUGCUGUAUCUCUAUAUUUAUUAAAUCACUCAGUGUGGAGAAAUUCUUGUUAAUAUGAUAUCAUUGGAUAUAGUGAACCAAAAACGUUAAUCUCCAAAAGUUCACUAUAACCGGAGUCAACUGUAGUACAUAAUAUCAACAUUUGAAUUUCACUCAACUAUAGUGAAUUGUGGGACAAGAACUGAUGUGCUUAGUAAUUAUAAUAAUUUUAUUUUGAGACAUUGGAUUAAUUUUUCAAAAUAUUUUGAUAAAAGCUCUUUGUCUUAUUUGUCCCCAAAUUUUGUAUUGAUUCGGAGAAGUAAAUAUUUUAUCAGUGUAAUACUCGUAAGAUUGAAAACUUCAUAAAAGUGAAAGAUCAUAAUAAACUUUUUCAGAAGUUAGUAAUGUUUCACAAAAAGAAAUUAUAAUUAUACUACUUAAUAUCCAGUUACAGAGAUUGAAUCCUCAAUUUUGAAAUGCUUUAGAUUUAUCCUGCAAGUAGACAAAUAUUCUCUAUUUUAUAGGUUGUGACCUGUUGUACAGCUACUAUCAUAUACAAUUACUUCUUUAAUAUCGAUACAAAGAUUUUAUUUACUAUUAGUAUCAAUAUUAUCAUUCUUUUCAUUACCUUUCUUUCUCUUUCAUGUAUUCUCCUCUUGACCUUUAUCGAUUUCAAAAAGAAAGAAGAAAAAAGUUUCAAAUGCCUCAAAAUCACAGUCUUUUUUAAUGUUAUGGUGUAUUUUGUUUAUUUACUGUGAGGUAAAUGUGUUAAACUCGAGUCUAUUUUUCUAAGAGAGAUUAAUGUUCCAAAAUACACUUACAGCGUAACUUCUGAAUAUCAUUAGAAUAAUUAAGAUCAUAAAUUGUAAAAUUGUGUCCAGUUUCCGUAAUUUUAGAAGAAAAUAAAUUAGUAGACCACCAAAAC